AUGGAUCUUAUUGCUAUGGUUCGAACAUACAAAAAGAGAAAGGAACAAGAAAGAAAGUCAUAUGCAACUAGCCAAGCAAUGAUAGAUGUCUACAAUUCUGUCAUGUGUAAGCAGAUGUCUGCCAACCAUGCUUCCAUGCAUUAUGGAGUUGAUAAAAAGGCUCUUUUAAGAAGAGUACGAGGGGAAAUACAAGUAAAUUCUCAUCCACUCGAGCGAACUGUUUUAACAUCUAAGCAAGAAGAAGAACUGGCAGACUGCCUUAUUGUGUUAGCUGAAUGGGGUUGGGGUUUUAGUAAAGAGGAGGUAAAAGACAAAAUACAGGAAUUUGUAAAAGAAAAUGGUAUUGAUAUUUCUUUCAUCGAUGGUCGAUUAAGUAAGGACUGGUUGUGUGGCUUUUUGCAAUGCCAUCUGAAAGUAAUCCCAAGAAAAACAGAACACCUCAGCAAUGCGAGAGCCAAGGCUGAAGACCAUGAGGUCAUUAGGAAAUGGUUUCAGCUGGUCCAGAAAACUCUACAAGUUGCUGGAAUUAUCUGCCUACCAAGUCAAAUAUUUACCUGCAAUCAAAAAGGUUUUGUCACUGACCCAAAAACCCAAGUUGUGUUACCAGAAAAAGGUGCUACUAGAGUGACCCAGUGCAUUGGUGGCUCAGGACGCGAGCAAAUAACUGUAAAUUUUGCAUGCUCUGCAAGCGGCCAGAUACUGCCACCUUAUGUUGUGUACAAAGGAAAAAAUUUGUAUUGUCGGGGUGGCUCUGAUGGAGCUGUUUAUAUGACAACACAUGCUUCAGCACCUGCUGCAACACCUGCUUCAAAAAUUGCAGGACCUUCAAACAUCAUUGACAUUUCAGCACCUGCAGGACUGCAAACAUCAUUGUCUACUUCAUCAUCAGGAAAGUCUUCUAUUAGAGACUUUUUUCUCAAAGAACUUCAGCCUAGAUUUGCCCAAACUUCAGGACUUCGCAGGUUGGUUAGAGUCUCCAGGUUUCGCUAUGGAGAAAGCCUAACAGGUGAUAAAUGUUUGAAGCGAUUGAGAGAUAAAGCAGCAAAGAAAGAUAACACUCCAAGAGAAAAGACUAUCAGAAAAAAAAAUCUUCCAGCUAGAGAUGAUAGGGACAGUAAUGAGGAGGACGAUAUUGUGUGCCUAAAGUGUAAUAUUUAUGGAGGUCACGGAGAACAGUGGGUCUGCUGUGACUUAUGUGAUGGUUGGUAUCAUGUUAAAUGCACAGAAGUUCCAGAUGGGGUUGAUAUUGAAGCCAUGGAAUGGAUCUCGUGUAUUAGUGUACAAAUAAAAGGUUACUCAAAAAACUUGUUUGUUUGUUUGGGUUUUGGUAGUAAUCAACAAAUAUCUGUUCGAUGGCAGAAAACAAAAUCAAAUAGUUUUGGAGUUGGAAAUGGUGUUUGUCAAGGAAUUUAUAACACUAUUAGUUGUGCUAUUGGUUGGUUAGAGCAUGGAAACUAUUGCUAUUUUUUUCAAAGUGAAAAAAAAAACUGGAAAGAUUCUCUUUCUUUUUGUGAGAAUCGACAAGCAAGCUUGUUAAGUUUAGGAGAUAUAGAAGAAAGUUUAUUUAUCAUUAACAACACACAAGACCAUUAUUACUGGAUUGGUCUCAAUGAUAUUCAAGUAGAGGGAACUUUUAAUUGGUCUGAUAAUACAACGUCACUGUUUGUUAAUUGGAAAUUAAAAAGCAAAGAACCAAAUGGUGGUAUAAAGGAAAACUGUGUAUUAAUUGACUCAAACGGGCUAUGGAUCGACUAUUCUUGCAACGAGAUUUUUAUGUCCAUUUGUAAAUUGAAAAAGGUAUCACUAAACUCAAAAGAAGUAGCAACAAUAAAAAAAAGGAAAGAAAAAAGAAAGAAAACAAAGAAAAAGUUAAGUAAAAAAAAUGGUUUUACUAGUUUUGACAAUCAAAGUAACAACACUGUACACGUUGCUUUAAUCAGAGAAAAAAAUAAUAUUGAAUAUAGUAAAUUUCAUGAAUACGCAUCAUUUACUAAAAUUCUGACGGCACCUUCUAAAAAUCUAAUCAAUGAUUUAUUUAAUGGAAGCAAAGUCAAUUCAGAUAAAAAACACAAAAGAGCUAGAAGAUAUGUUCUUCAAGGAACCAAAUGGAAUAAAAAGAUUCUUACUUGGAGACUUUGGAAUGUUAAUAAUAAAAGACUAUCACACUAUUAUGUAGAAAAUACACUACAAAAAGCUUUUAAUAUUUGGGAAAAUUAUUCAGACUUGAAUUUUCAAAAGCUUAAUUUUAGUUUAAAUAGCGUGGCAGAUAUAGAGAUAAAGUUUUUAGAAGGGAACCAUGGUGACAAUUAUCCAUUCUCUGUUGGAGUCUCUUCACAUGCUUUUUAUCCUCAAAUUCAAUUUGGUAUUGCAGGUGAUAUUCAUUUUAAUAAUGAUUAUAAUUUUACUAAAGAAUCGUUUUUGUAUGCUGCUGUUCAUGAAAUUGGACACAGUUUAGGGUUGGCUCAUGUUAACUUCAAGGGUGCAAUCAUGUAUUAUGCAAUAAAUAAAAGUUAUGUCAAGUUAAGUGAAGAUGAUAUCAUGGGUAUACAGGUUUUAUAUGGUCCGCCUAAAAAAAAUAAGACCAUAGUUGUACCAAUAUCACCAUUGCCAACAAAUAAACCUACUGUAACAAUAUCAUCAUUGCCAACAAAUAGCCCUACUGUCAUAACACCACCAUUGCCAACAAAUAGCACUACUGUUUCAAAUAGUUUUAGGCUGCGAGCAUGUCCUGAUGUUAAUACUGAUAAAGUCAGUUGUGAAGUUGCUGAUGCAGGUGAUUGCAUGAAUGACUCUGGGUGCAAAAGUAUUGAUGAAAAAUGUUGUAGUGAUGGGUGCAUUUAUUAUUGUAUUAAAAUAGAAUUACCUCAUAUUGAAAUAAAUCAUAUCACAAAAAAUCCUCCUGAUUUCACAAAAAAUAAAAGAGGAAAGCAGUUGUCAUUAUCAGUUAUCAUAAUUGUUGUGACAUCAAUUACUGUAAUAGUUGUUUUUAUUGUUGUUGUUGUUGUAAGGUUAAAAAGAAGGCGUUUGAAAAAAUUUAAAUCGCACAGGCUGUUGUGGGCUUACAAAAAAAAAAAUGAUAUUCAGGAAUUGUUAUCAGAUAGUUGGGAGAUUUUUCCUGAAAACAUAACAUUAGGCAGCGCAAUUGGUAAGGGGGCAUUUGGUACUGUCUACUUUGGAAAAAUUAACUCAGUGGUUUUUGCUAAUAAAGAUAAUCCUAAAAGAAAAUUUCUUGAUUUCAAGAAUGAUUCAACUUCGAAUGUUGCUGUGAAAUUGUUAGAAGAGGGUGCAACUCAAUCUGAAUUUAAUGACUUUCUUGAAGAAAUUAAUCUAAUGAAAGAAAUUGGAUAUCAUAAGAAUGUUCUUAAUUUGAUUGGUUGUUCUACCGUUAAGAAACCUUUUUGUAUAAUUGUUGAGUUUAUGGAGAAUGGAGAUUUGUUGCAUUUCUUGAGAAAUAGGCGCAACAAACUUUUUGCAUCAAAAGAUCACGGAGAGUUAACAGGAAAUUUUAUGUACAACCAAAGCUUUAAAAAUUCUCUUGAGAAAAUAAAUAAAAGUUGCAGCAUCAAAGUGUUACCAGGUGAUAAUACACUACCUGAUAUUAAAUGGAUAACACCUGACGAUCUCCUUAGUUUUGCAUGGCAAGUGGCAUCAGGAAUGGAAUAUCUUUCGAGUAAGAAACUAAUACACCGAGAUCUGGCCGCAAGAAAUAUUUUGGUAGGCGGUUUUAAAAACGUUAAAAUAUCUGAUUUUGGUUUGACACGGAAAGCCGAUGAUGAAUUAAAGUAUGUUGCAGAUAAACAUUUUCGUUUACCAAUCAAGUGGAUGUCACUUGAAGCUAUAAAUGACCAUAUCUUCUCCACAUUUAGUGAUGUUUGGGCGUAUGGUGUUGUUUUAUUUGAAAUUGUUACGUUAGGAGGCACACCUUAUCCAACAAUAAAUAAUUCUGACCUUUUGGCCCGUUUAAAUUCUGGUUACAGAAUGGAAAGACCGGCAAAUUGUUCGCAAUCUAUGUAUGAUAUCAUGUUGCAAUGUUGGAAUAAAGAACCAUUACAGCGACCUACCUUUACUGAAUUACGAGAACGUUUUGAUAAAAUAUUGUCUCAAGCUAUUCCAUACUUCAGCUUUGACAUUGAUGAAAAGAAUGUAUUUUAUCAUACCGCCUCCUUUAAAAGUGUACCGUUGGAAAAACAUCAUAAUGUAACACUAAAAAAAUAAGUUCUUUAAAAUAGUGCUUUUAAAAUUGAUAAUAAAAAUAAGGAUUAAGCUUGUAAGAUGGAAGAAAGGAUUUAAAUGUAUACAGUUGUCUCAAAUAUAUCUAUAUGUAUGUACGUAUGUAUGUAUGAAUGUGUGUAUGUAUGUAGGUUUUUUAAACUAUUUUUUGAAAAAUUAAAUAUGUUUCAUAAGACUUUUAUAGUAAUA